AUGUGUUGCAACUACGGGAACUCCUGUGGCUAUGGCUGCGGAUGCGGCUAUGGCUGUGGCUAUGGCUCAGGCUAUGGCUGUGGCUAUGGCUCAGGCUGUGGCUGUGGCUAUGGUUCCCGUUGUGGCUGGGGCUACGGCUCUGGAUGUGGCUGUGGCUAUGGCUCAGGAUGUGGCUAUGGCUAUGGCUCCCGUUAUGGCUGUGGCUAUGGCUCAGGCUGUGGCUGUGGCUAUGGCUCAGGAUGGGGCUGUGGCUGUGGAUAUGGCUAUGGCUCUGGCUGCUGUGGCUACCGGCCAUUUUGCUACAGAAGAUGUUAUUCUUCUUGCUGCUAG